AUGAAGCAUUUGAAAAGAUGGAAUAGGGACGUUUUUGGAGAUAUUCAAAUAAAAGUUGAUUUGGCUUUCCCUGUGUUGAAGGAUAUUCAGGAGCAAAUAGUAGAUGAUGGUAUCAUUCCUUUUCUCCGGAGUGGGGAUUUAGUUAUUGAGGGCCGUACACUUAUGAAAUCACAUAUGGUAGAUUUUUACAAGUCUCUUUACUCCUUGGAAGUUCCGGUUAUGGAUGAUGGAUUGGUUGAUCAUUUCAUACUUAGACUUGUCUCGGAUGAAGAUAACAAAAAUCUCACUUUGAUUCCUUCAGAUUUGGAGCGCGGGGCCCGGAUAGCUUUGGUGGUGGCUUUUAUCAGUCUUUGGUGGGAUGUUAUGGGUAAUGAUGCCCUUGUUGAUUGCUAUGGUGAAGCAUCGGGUCAAUGUGUUAACAAGUCAAAGUCUUUGAUUUUUGUGGGGUCUAUGGGGAUGGAUGAGCAUUGUUUUUGGCCAAAACUUUGUGGGAAACUCCCACUUGAGUUGUUGGCUUUCUUGAAAUCAUGGAGUUUCAGUUCUCAGCUCAAGGAAUUGGCGCUAAGCACGAUGGCGAACUGUAUUAGCGUUAUCUGGAAAUCACAAAAUGAUUGUCGAUUCAAUGACAUUCCUCCAUCACUCAUUUCAGUUAAGUGUUUUAUUCUUUCUCUUACAUGGGAAUCUACAAUUCUGGUGUUUGGGACCAUGUUUAACAUGGUGGAGGAGCUUGGAAUACUUAUAAAGAUGGAUAUCAAAGGACGUCGAUGA